CUGGGCGACUUAUGAAGGGACUGGUCCGCGAGAGGCGGGAUCUAUCAGCGCUUGGCACCGUGCUCGGCGCAGAGGAAGCGUUUAGCGGAUCCCAUCAUCGGGGUCAAACGGGGUAGCUUUAGCGAUGACUGGAGAGCGAGGGAGGAUGGAGCGAGUAGGGUAGAGGGGCGGAGCCCCGUGCCGGGCCCGCUCGGCUCGCCAAGAGCCGCCCAAAGGGUGCCCCCGUCGCCCAGCCGCAGCCCGCGCCCGCUUAAACCCAGCCGGCCCGCUCCGUCUCCCCAUGGCACCCCCGGCCCGUUCCCUCCCGCUCCUCUUGCUCCUCCUGCUGUUGCCCCUCUGCCUGUUGCCCCGCCGCUCGGUGGGCGCCGCCGGCGGGGUCCCGUGCGGCCCCUGCCGCCCGGACCGGUGCGAGCCGGCGCCCUGCCCGGCGGCCGAGCUGACGGUGCGGGACGUCUGUGGCUGCUGCGAGCGCUGCCUCGGCGCGGAAGGCGAGCGCUGCGGCGGGCGGGCCGGCCGCCGGGCCCGCUGCGGGCCCCGGCUGGUGUGCGUCGGCCUGUCCCGCCCCGGGCCGGGGGCGGCCGUGCCGCCGCCCGCAGAGCUGGAGGGCACCGGCCGCUGCGUGUGCGAGGAGGAGGGCGCCGUGUGCGGCUCGGACGGGCGCUCCUAUGGCAGCGUCUGCGCCCUGCACCUGCACAGCGCGCUCGCCCGGGAGGCGGGCCGGGACAGGAUCCACAAGGUGCAUGACGGAGAAUGCAAGUUCGCUCCUGUGAUCGUGAUGCCCCCCAAGAAGAUUCACAAUGUAACUGGGGCCCAAGUCUAUCUUUCCUGUGAAGUGAAGGCCGUACCAACCCCUCUCAUUACUUGGAGGAAGAUUACAGAAUCCCCCAAGGGAGUCAAACUGCUGGAGGAAUUGCCUGGAGACCGAGUUAACAUGGCUGUCCAGGUCCGUGGAGGCCCUUCCAAACAUGAAAGCACAGGCUGGGUUUUGAUAAACCCACUGACCAAGGAAGAUGAAGGUGUUUACCAGUGCCAUGCUACCAACAUGGAGGGGGAAACACAGUCUGAAGGAGCUAUAAAGGUCAUGGAUCAGAGUAAAUACAAAAGAACUAAUUUCAUAGACACAGAUGAUGACAUAUAGUGAGGGUGGACCAAUUGGCCUUUCAUCCAAGUCAGCCAGGAAAAUUGAUUAUAGAUGAAAAUGUCAGUAGUGGUUUACAUUGUUUAGUGAUGAGAGCUAGAAAACACAUGUUUUUUAAUGACCUUUUUGUAUGUUUUACAAUUUAGAGAACAACUAGAUUGAUAUUCAGUUGUGUAGUUUUUAUCUGGGAAUAAUAAUGAGCAAUAAAAGCCAAAAAGAAAGUUGUGUUUUUAAAGAUUUGAGAAACUUGCUGUGUGUGAUUUUUUUUAACUGUGAUCUUCUGUACUGCUAGGACAGUAUUUGUGUCAUAAAGGAAAAAAAAAACCCACCCUGUAGGAUUUUUACAGUACUAAAGGAUUUAAAAGGAGAGGGUUUAUACCAUGAAAAUCCACUGCAGAUUAAUUAUAAUUUAGCAAGUGAUUUUUUUUUCUGUCAUCUGGAAUGUACCAAUGUGGAAGAAAGUUAAAAUGAAAAAAAAAAAACAGGAAAGGUUCUGGAUUUCCACAAACCUUUCCAUAGUGGGGUGGAUGCCAUUUUUGCCCUCUAAAAAGCUUAAAAUAUUAGGUUAAGUGGUGAUGGGAAAAAGCCUAAAAAGUCUGCCUGGGUUGGUCUUGAAUGUCACCUAAUGGAGUUGUCUACUUUUUCACACAGUUGUUUGCUACUUGGUUUUGUGACCAUCGAUUUAGAAUUAUGUUGUUAGAUGGUAAAUGUGUGUAGUGGCUGCUGUUGUUGGACACUGUGUGGAUUUCAUGUUUUAAUGCUCUUACAUUUCCAAGGAUAUAAGCCUAUUUAAAAUAGAAAAAAAUCUGGACUAUAAACAGUAGCCCAAUGUGGCUUAAACUCUGGACUGAGAAUCUGGUCCCUUUCUAAGGAUGGGCAAAUUCAGUUUUGAGAGAUUCAUUCUAGAAUUAGGUAGUAUUUUAAAAUCAAGCCAUCUCCUUCAAGUUUCUCAAGAAUUUAACCAUAGAACCCAUCAGGAAAUCCAAGGGAUUUCUUUACUUAUAAAUGAAUUUUAUAUAUACACAAAAAUAACUUUAAUAUUAGAUUGAGGCUUUUUUUUCCCUUAGGAGAUCACAAUUGGGGCUGGUUAGCUAUAUGACCCCAAAUUAGAACCAAAAUAAGUCAUCUAGUAUUUAGUGCAAUCCAAGAAAAGUAUGGGAUUAAAAACUCCAGCCAGGACCCAGUUGACCGUUCUUAUAAAGGCCCCAGUGACCAUGGAUUCCCAAAUGAGAUCAUGAUCAAAGCUAGGAUUUAAUCAGUAUCACAAAUUGGAAAGAGUAACAACAGAAAAUGCCACAUUUUAGGUUUACAAAAUAGUAUUUUAAGCCACUGUAGUUCAGGAUUGCCAGGGUCAAGCUGAUUGUCUGAAUAACAGAAGCCAGACACCUGUAUUUUGGCUAUGCAGCUGCCUGAGACCUUACUUGGGGAAAUGACCGGAAAUAGGGUUUAGUCUAAAAUAACUCCAAAAUUAAAUUGCCUUCGCUUCCCAUUUAUGUCAGGUUGUAUUUUACCACAUGGAGACAGACCUCUCCUGGCUAGGUUUCAGGGGAUUAGGCAGGCAGGCACAGCACACCACAGGAGGGCAAAAACCAAAUCCUUUCCCUUAGUUGUUCCUGAGGGAAACUCAGCUCUGCCCUCAAGAGAGGGUGGGGUUUUCCCACUACUGGCUGAGCCAGUCUCCUCUCAGAAGGUCCCAAGAGAUUCUGAGAAGUGUAGUCACUGGCAGCCCCUUUGAACUAGGGGUUUGUAGUCCAUACUCCCUUUCUAACAACCCUCUUGCCAGUCACAUUCAAGCAUCUAGAUCCAGUGAUGUCCUUGCUCUCUUAAAAUUGGCCUUCUUGAAGUUUAGACAGUUUGGUGAUGUGAUUUUGACAUAAAAUUUUAGAAAUGCUUGAUAACUUUCUGUGGGUAUUUCUGUUUGAGUAUACUUAGCCAUACCUGGAGUAGAUAUUGGGCUAUUAGGCAUGUGACCUACCAAAAUAUUUCUAAAGCAUGUGUAUGUUUGUGGUUAUUUUUACAGUAUAUCAUCAGUCAUUUUGGAUUUCUCCCUCCCUGUUAGUUUGUGAGCCCCAUGUAGGACAGAGACUAUUUUUGAUUUGAUUGUCUUGUAUCUACCCCAGCACUUAGAACAGAGCUUGGCACAAAGUAAGCAUUUAACAAAGACCACAAUUAUUACUCUGUGAAAUAAAAAAUGGGUUUCCAUCUGGCUGAAGAAUCUCUGUUCUGAAGGCAGCUGGUCUGGGCAAAGCCUUUUCUACUUGUAUGGAAAGGGUCAGGGGGUGAUUUUGUUGACUGUCGGUUCUGAUUAUCUUUUAUCUACCCUAGUGCUUAGCCCAGUGCCUGGCACCAAGUGAGCACUUAAUGAAUACCAUAAUUAUCAUUCAGCAUGCUUAUGAAUUGUCAAGGGUAGUGAUUUUUGAUCUUUGUAAAUUUUUGGUGGUGUCGACUUAGUUUCUUCUAUUUUCAGGGAUUUCUUGCUAGACAACCCAGCAUUUAGUAUCUUGGAACUCUUUAGUGUUGUAUUCUACUGAAUGAAAUAGUAUUCAGAUCAAUGUAACAUUUACAAUAGCAGCUCAGUAUUAUGAAGCAGUGGAGUUAAAUCCAAUAAGAUCAUUUCACAAAAAUUAAUCCAUUUUACAAUCUGGAAUUCAAAGCAAUUUCCUUGGUAGUUUUUAUAGUAUGGCUAACUCCAGAGUAACUGGAUCAAAUUCAAAUUUAAGGAAAGUGGUGUGGAACCUCCUCAGAGAGUUUUAUGGAAUUGAGUAGAUCACUCACUGCCUGAAAUGGUUUAGGUGCAGCCCUAAGUAGAAGCCAAAAAUGGGCUAGACUACUUGACAUAGUCAUUUCAAACCCCGUGAUUACCAGAUGUUAUUGGGUAGAACUAAGAAUAGGUAAGAAAUGUGCAGUUAUUGUAAACAUGAUUCCUCACAGUAUUCAAAAUUGUGAAGUUUCUCUAAUUUUGUGGUGGGGUAAGAAUAGCUGUAAUAGCCGAUCCUGGUCUCACCAUCCUAAAUUAUCCCAGCAAUAUGGUUUCUGAAGUUUUCACAAACAUUGUUUCUGAAAUAUUUUAGUGUAGUGAAAUAAAGAUAUAUCAUUAUAGAAAUUGUAUGUGUGUGAGGAUAAAGUUUUCAUGCACAUACACACAGGAAAUAUUUGAAGUGAUUAAAAGAAAUCCGGAGUCUUUGCUGUUAGCUUGUUGUAGUAAUUCUUAGAAACUGGUGUUUUCAAAUGUCAUUAUGAAGAUUUCACUGUGGAACAGAGCUGGGAGGGUCAAGAAAGCUUGUGAAACAAUUGUUGGCAUACUUUCAAAAACUAGCUAUUUUCUAUUCCUGUAUUUUGCUGUUUUUUCCAUAGAUGUUGUGAUGUCAGAUUAGUCUAAAAAUAAACUAUUUUAAAGUCAGA